UAUCGACGCCUCUUGCCCAUUUUGGUACUAAAUGGCACGGGUCUUCACGUGAACAAAGGGCCGGCGUUCUGAUUCAUGAACUGAGCCAUGCGAGCCUAGGAACCGGGGACCAUUGGGUCAAAACUGGGCUGGGACAGGGAAAGUUUAUCGGCACGGGGGAGGCGAAUCGGAGAAAAGAUGAUGGAGAGGACGUUCGGUUUGGAGUUGGGUAUGCCUCCGGGGACACCAAUGAUAUUAUGCGACAUGGUGGUGCUGCUCUUGGUGACGACUUUAAACACCAUGUGAAGCUUGCAACUAAUCCCAACCGGAAUGCGGAUUCAUGGCUCGCCCUCUCUGCAUUGGGCAAAGCGGACACUAUUGUAGAGACGGACAAGAAUAGAGCGCGUCAAGAGAAGGCGAUAAGGCGUAAAGCUGCGGCAAAGCGGAAGGCAGAUAUUAGAUACAUGAAGGCACGCCUAGCCAAGCGCGCCUGCGCCGCAUCGGAAGGCAAAGCUGCAUCCAGGUCAUCGGAUACGAAGGCCAAGGGAGCUAGCCGCGAGGCGACGUCAAGCACGAAGGCCACCAAAAGCAAGACCGACAAUACUACAAAGGACAA